AUCCAAAAUCUCUGUAGUAGUAGCCGCUAACAUAAGCGAGGGCACGGAUGACAGUAACACACCGAAAUUAGCUCCCGACAAGCCGAUCUUACCAGAAAAGUGUGGAUCCCCGGAACCGAGUAGAGUGCGGGAGCACUGCGACCACCUGGAUGCAUCGGUGGUGAAUACGAAACAGAGGAGAUCCCGGACCAACUUCACACUGGAUCAGCUAAACGAACUGGAGCGACUCUUCGAGGAAACGCACUAUCCCGAUGCCUUUAUGCGCGAGGAAUUGAGUCAGAGGUUGGGACUCAGCGAGGCCAGAGUGCAGGUAAUUAUUUCCCCGGAGCGGCCAUAAAUAUUCCCCAAAUUUGCAACUUGACAAUGAAACUGUCCGAAGACGCCCCUUGGACACAGAUACGAGCACAAAUUGGUUUUCAAUGGA